AUGUCCUCUCCAAUUCGAAAAGUUGCAAUCAUUGGCGCAACAGGUCAAAUUGGCUCCGAAAUUAGCAGAGCACUGCUUCAGUCUGGCUUCAUGGUCACGGCCGUACAGCGGUACGAAUCCAAUAAAAUGGCCCCAGAAGGAUGCAUGUCUGUCAAGCUCGAUAUCGAUGACGUCAACGCUCUCACUUCAGCAUUCAGGGGUCACGAUGCAGUGAUCUCAGCAGCGCCGGACCCUAUCGUUUUCGAGAAGCAAAAGCCCUGGAUCGAAGCUGCAAUCGCCGCCGGAGUCAAACGCAUAUUUCCAUCCGAGUACAGUACCAACGUUGAUUCUCCCCUUGCUGAGGGUCUUCCAAUUGUCGCUGAUAAGGUGCGAACACGCCGUUACCUUGUCGAGCAGACGUCCAAGGCGGGUGGUGAAUUGAGCUGGACAAGCAUAAAUAACGGACCUUUCUUCGAGCUUGUUCUUAACCUCGGCGGUCUGGGUCCAGACUUCGGGACCAAAACGGCUAGAUAUCACAAUGGGGGUGGCAACUUGAUCGGAACGACCAAGCUUUCUGACAUUGCCGACACAGUCGCUAAAAUCCUUCGUGAUGAGAAGGGACUAUACAAAGAGGCGGAGAAUAAAUCUGUGUACAUCCACUCGGCAGCUGUCAGCGAGAAGCAGCUGACCAAGCUGGCUGAGAAGCUUACGGGCUUGACCUUCGCAGUUGAAAAUUGUGAUGUAGAGGAACUCUAUCAGGAUGCAAAGACUAAGCUUAGAAAGGGUGAUAACUCAGCCAUGAUGAGUUUCUACUACCAGAUGAUGUAUGGUAAGGGAUAUGGAGGCAGUGAGAGCUUUCAGGAGAUGAGUUGGAAUGAGAAGGUCGGUCUUAGAACUUUGAGCGAAGCGGAGCUUGGAAAAACGAUAAGGGAGGUGGCCCAAAAGAAUGGGAUGAUGUGA